GAUGCAAGAAUGGUUGACGCAAAGGGGCCCAUCAAUAUCACAAAACAAAGAAGCUCCGACCGGCACCUCACUUUUUAAAGCGUUGAUUUCAACAUGAACUAAUUUGCACAAACAUGGACACCAAAACAGCCGGAAAACCCAUUCGCUGCAAAGCUGCGGUGGCUCGAAAAGCAGGUGAGCCAUUGGUAAUUGAAGAAGUGCUAGUAGCCCCUCCUAAAAGCGGCGAAGUUCGAGUUCGGAUUAUAUGCAGCUCUCUUUGCCACAGCGACGUCACUUUCUGGAAAUUAAGAGUUUGCACUCUAUUUAUCUUUUCUAUUUUUGUUGAAUCGUAUUAUCGAAUAUUUAUCUCUUUAGCUCUCUUUUAUUUUUUGAAGGAUCCUCCCGGUUAUUUUCCUCGGAUCCUUGGACACGAAUCAUAUGGGGUAAUAGAAAGCAUUGGGGAGGAUGUCCAUGAUGUUACUGAAGGGGACACUGUAGUUCCAGUAUUUUUGCCCGAUUGUGGAGAAUGUAAUACUUGCAAGUCCCCCAAGAGCAACAUAUGUUCAAAACUUCCAUUUAAAGUUGGUCCUUGGAUGCAUAGAGAGGAGACAAGCAGAUUUACUGACCUUAAUGGAGAGACUAUAUAUCAUUUCUUAUUCAUCUCCAGCUUCAGCCAGUACACGGUGCUCGAUGUUGCUCACAUAGUUAAGGUUGAUCCGCAAAUUCCUCCAGACAGAGCCUGCCUUCUCAGUUGUGGAGUAUCAACAGGGGUAGGUGCUGCUUUGAAAACUGCAGAUGUUGAGGCAGGGUCUACUGUGGCUAUAUUUGGACUUGGUGUAAUUGGGCUAGCGGUUGCAGAGGGAGCACGAUUACGUGGAGCUAAAAGAAUUAUUGGCGUGGAUGUGAAUGAGGACAAGCGUGAAGUGGGCGGGAAAUUUGGGGUCACUGAUUUUGUCAAUUCCCGGAACUGUGGGGAUAAACCUGUAAGCCAGGUGAUUAUGGAGAUGACUGAGGGUGGUGCCGAUUAUUGCUUCGAAUGUGUUGGUAUGGCAUCCUUGGUGCAUGAAGCAUUUGCUUGCUGCAGAAUGGGAUGGGGCAAGACAAUUGUAGUGGGAGUGGACAAGCCAGGGGCAAUGUUGAGCUUCACAUCUUUUGAAGUUCUUCAUCAUGGAAAAACCCUCAUGGGUUCGCUAUUUGGAAAUCUGAAGCCUAAAUCCGACAUUCAAAUGCUGCUAAAACGCUACAUGGACAAGGAGCUGGAGUUGGAUAAGUUUGUAACUCAUGAAGGGAGUCUGGAAGACAUUAACAAAGCUUUUGAGUUACUAACAGAGGGAAAGAGCCUUAGAUGUGUCAUUUGGAUGGACAAAUAAUCAAUUUACCGGCGGACAAUAUCCCGUACUUAGAUCGGUUUAUAUGCGACCUUCUCAAUUUAGGGGUCUAUUCAACUAAGAUUUUAAUAAAUUUUAUAUAGUUUAUGAAUUUUAAUAAAUUGUAUCUUAUUUUGAUUGUAUGCGAAUUCUCGAUAAAAUGUCCCAGAGGGGGAGUCUUUAAAAUUUAACCAAAAGGAAAAUGCUUGGAAAUCUUAUUGAUUUGAUUUUAAUGAGUUUUUUUUAUGUCA